CACCUGCAGAAAGUCAGAAAAGUCAUGCUAUGAUGUUGGUGCUACGGAGGUUACUGAGGAAGCGCUGGGUGUUGGGAGUUGUCUUCGGAUUGUCCCUUAUCUACUUCCUCACCAGCACACUGAAACAGGAGGAGAGAUCCAUUCGGGACCGCACACUGUUAGAAGUUAAAGAUUCAGACCAUCGCAUCCCCUGGAAAGUGCGUUUCAACCUGGGUAACAGCAGCCGUCAGAUUACUCAGUGUCGAAACUCCAUUCAGGGCAAGAUAUUACUCACAGAUGAACUUGGUUAUGUCUGUGAGAGAAAGGACUUGCUGGUUAAUGGCUGCUGUAACGUCAAUGCUCCCAGCACCAGGCAGUACAUUUGUAAAAGUUGCCUGGCCAACGGCUGCUGCAGCAUCUAUGAGUAUUGCGUGUCUUGUUGCCUCCAGCCUGAUAAGCAACCUCUUCUAGAGCGCUUCCUGAAUCGUGCAGCUAAAGGUUUCCAGAAUCUUUUUACGGCCGUGGAGGAUCAUUUUGAGUUGUGCCUGGCCAAAUGUAGGACUUCUUCACAAAGUGUUCAGCAUGAGAACACCUAUCGAAACCCCCAAGCAAAGUACUGCUAUGGUGAGAGUCCUCCAGAACUUCUACCUGUGUGAACUGGAACUACCUAGUUGGUUUAAGAAGAACAAGUGGAACCAUAAAUCAUUUUUUUUAAAGUAUUUGAAGAAGAGACUUGAUAAAAUAAAUGCUGUUUUGGACAGUUUGGCAUUAUCUUUGCAGAUGAAGACAUUCAAAACGUCCAACCUCAGAGAGAAGGACAAAUGCUGUUUUUAAACUGUAUUAUUUACACUUCAUAAGUGCAUAGAACGCUUCAUACAUUCAUCCAUGAUGAUCAUCAGGUCUCCUGCACAGACAGCUUCCUCAUUGUAUUAAGAAACUGGUUUAAUCUUAACAUAGCUGUUUUCUUUGUGGACAAAACUGAAAUGGCUAAUGUGUUGGUGCUUUUGUGUGUAUUGCAUGCAUAUAAAAUGGAUAUUUAAUAAAAAGUGACUGUGAAACA